ACGUGGUCGGCUUUCAUUGACCAGUCAGGACGUUCAGCAGCCCAUUUUGUGAGAAGUGAUUGGAGAAAAUCUCAUAAUCGCGAUGAUUGGUUCUAAAACUCAGGGAUCGUAGACGCGGUAGCUUUUCCAAUCUGUACGCGAAAGUAGAUUGAUAUAAAGCUAGCAAAAAUUGAAAGAUGUCUGUUUAUUACCAAGUUAGCCCCGAUGGGGAAGCAACUGAAGUGGAUGCUGAGACUGUUGCAGGCACGAGAAUGACAUCUCCUUCAACAGUACAGUCAGAAGCACAGUUAAAUCUCAAUGCAUUUUGGCCACGUGUUACAGAAGAAGUACGGAAAACUCCUCUGGAUCUGAAAAAUCAAGCACUCCCCCUUGCCAGAAUAAAAAAAAUUAUGAAGCUCGAUGAAGAUGUGAAAAUGAUUAGCGCUGAGGCCCCUAUGCUUUUUGCCAAAGCAGCGGAAAUUUUUAUACAUGAACUUACACUUCGUGCAUGGGUUCAUACAGAAGACAACAAACGCCGCACUUUGCAACGCAAUGACAUAGCUAUGGCUAUUUCAAAAUGUGAUCAAUUUGAUUUUCUCAUAGAUAUUGUACCACGUGAAGAACUAAAACCUGCCAAAGCAGCCAAUGAAGCUGCUCGAGGAGCUACGGCAAUGAAUCCUGAUCAGAUACAAUACUACUUCCAGUUAGCUCAACAACACCAGCAGGCUUUAUCCCAAACAGGAACAACUUCUAAUACAAACGCCACAACAGCUAGUAGCACUGCUGCUAAUACACCAUCAACAAUUCAGAUCUUCCAGCCUAGUUCUGGCCAAAUUCAAACAGUUCAAGUCGCAAAUAUUGCAUCACCAGCAGAUCAGCAGAGGCAUGCUUCCACAACAGCUGUGGCAACCCAAUCAGUCCAACCCCAAGUCAUUCAGGUACAACAACCACAACAGGCCCAAGUUCAGCAGCAAACGGUUCAAGCUGCUACUGGUGGUAUUCAAAUUGUACAGCAAGUUGUCACUCCCAAUGGGGAAAUUCAGUCUAUUCCUAUUCAACUUACUCCUCAGCAAAUGCAAAUGAUAAGAAUGCAGUUACAAGGAAAUACACAGUCAGCCAUUAUCCAAGUCCAACCUCAGUUAGUGCAGGUUGCUGAUGGUUAUGUUCGACAAGCUGGAGGCGGGGGAGAAGUUGAGUAAUUAAAAAGACAAAUUUUACUUCUUCGGACUCAAUAUGACUUAUUAGAUUUAUUUUUGCCGGUAAUGGCAGAUCUCCCAUUAGUUCGUGCUUUUUUGAGCUAUGAAUGAUAAUUGGUGUGGAAGACUGUGUCAGAGUACCUUUGGUAGACAUCUCUGUAAUGUCUACAUGUAUGUAAUAGUCACCUUCAAAACUGGAAAUUGAGCCAGUUUGUAAUUUCACAGCAGGUCUGUGAGGUUUUUCUCCUUUCCUUCCCUUCUUGGAAAUUUUCUUGGUUAUGCUGAUGAAUGAAUGACCAAGUUAAUUCUUCAUGUAAUGUAGUGUUCAUUGUGUAAAUAUGGUUUGAAGUGUGAAUAGUUGUACAAAUAUUUAAUGUCAUAGUCAUACACCUUUAAAAAAAAAGAUUAUUGAUAAGUAUACCUACAAUUGUGUGGAAAAACCCAAACUUUUUAUAAUGUGUUUAAUGUGUAUGGAAUAUUAUCAAACCUCCAGUUGAGUAUUUGUCAUGUCAGAAACUAGACACAACUGAUCACCUACUGUGACUAACAAUUUGUUUAACUGGUAACUGUAAAUAAAAGCACAAGUGAUUGGCCA